AUGCUGUCAGCAUGUGCCUUGUUCUCAAAGACAUGGAUUGAGGUUUCAGGAUCCUCAGCUAAAGAUGUUGCUAAACAACUGAAGGAACAACAAAUGGUGAUGCCUGGACAUCGGGAAUCAAAUCUACAGAAGGAGCUGAACCGCUAUAUACCCACAGCAGCCUUUGGGGGUAUGUGUAUUGGAGCACUGACCGUUUUGGCAGAUCUUAUGGGUGCAAUUGGUUCAGGAACUGGAAUUCUACUGGCUGUGACUAUCAUAUACCAGUAUUUUGAAACAUUUGAGAAGGAAAAGGCUAGUGAGCUUGGCUUCUUUGGUUUCUAG